CCAAGAUCAGUGAUAAGAUCCGCCACCACCACCACUAACUGUGCGCUACACAGACUAGGUGUAAACAUCCUUGCAGCGAUCGAACCCCAACGACCUCCAUCAUCAACGAGUAAGCUCAACUUUAGCAACAUCCCAAUCACUCCACUGCGACAACCAACGAACCCGAGACCAUCAUGUUUCCGACCGCCACGCAUGAAAGUAGAAUUCACGAGCCUUAUAAGCCUCUGGCGAUAGAGUACCUGGGAACUCAGGAGGACGUAUGUUUCCUUCUCUUCAACUUCACCGGCAGUGGGGCUCACAUUAACACCAUAUACUCACAUCUUUGGCGCAACAAUCUGGUCGCCUCCUCCAAGCGACAUAACUACCUCUUCGUUGCGCUCCGCAGCCAUGUCCACGUGUACAUACCUGUGUACCCGCGGCAGCGCUUGCCUGAUAUGCCCCACGCAAUCUUGAAAUCCCCCACGAAGAUCCCAGUAUCCCACCAGAGAGGCGACGACCCGAACGGGAUCAACAGCUUGACGGUUGGGGAACUGGGGUGCGAGGAGGUACUGGUCUCCGCCCACGCAGAUGGCGAUGUCAUGGUGUGGUACACGAAGGACUUGAAGCUCAUGCUGCAGUACAAUGUUGGCAGCAGUGCAUGGGGUGUCGCGCUGCAUAAGGAGCGCAGACGACUGGCUGUUAGUGCCAAUAGUUGGAAGAUUACGGUCUUUGAGCUUGCGGCUGGGGGAGACCAGGAGAUGGGGGUUGGGAGUGAUGAAGGCGGCGAAGUGGGCGGGGUAGCUGCCAGGGCGGACGAAGGUCCGAGGAUGCCACACAUCAAAAUCCAGGGGAAGGACGAAGUAGUGGUAAAUUGCAAGAUUCUCGUGGGUGGACACUCCCACAACAUUCCUAACGUGACCUUCAUGGACGAUGAGAGUGGACGGUGGCUAGCAAGCACAUCGAUCGACGGGACGGUGAUCGUGUGGGAUGUUGAUACGCAGCAAGUGGUGGAGACAGGCGAAUUUUUUGGCGCAGGGCCUAGGUGUUGGUCAGUCGCCUAUCUGUCGCCACAGUCAUUUAAACCCGUGAACAGCAUGUACGAGGCGUUGGACAAAACCAUGGAUUCACCUUGUGGGAAAAGAAGUGUUCACCUCGAAGAUCUGCCUCCCAAAACCAAAAUUUCCUGGGCGAUCACGAUACCAACGGACUACUACGGUGGCUCACAUUUGGUCACUGGGGGCACCGCCUGGGACAUCACGCCUGCGUUGGAAUCAAUAUAUACUGGUUACCAGGGCGAAGGGCCGACGCCGAUGUGGGGAAAUAUGCAUCUAUCCGAGGAAUGUGUGGACAGCGAGGAUGAGGAUGAGGAUGAGGAAUAUGACAGCAAUGAUGCUUCGACAGAUCAAUCGGAGAACGAGGAUGAGGCCUCCGAAGAAGAGGGGAGUCCGGGGAGUCAAGGAGAGGAGCAUUCGGAGCCUCCACCUCCCUUUGCUCUAGAUGAAGAUGCCAUGUGGAGUGAUUUGCAGGGGGAAAGGGAUGAGAAUGUGGUGGAAGUGAACCGGUCGGUUAUUCCUCGGGGAAGAGGAGAAACAAUUGCGGAUGAAGAGAACGAAGAGGAUGAGUGGGAAGAGGAGGAAGACGAUGAAGAUAUAAACAUCAACUCGCCGGUCUCCUCCCAUCACUUCGACACCAUCGGUUCAGCGGUACUCCCCCCAGGCUCUGGUAGCGAGUUCGUACCUUCGCCGCAAGUACCAAAGCCAGCAACUGAAGCACCCCGACCACCACUGGGCUUCCUCUUCACAACCACCGGCUGUAAAGCUGCUCUCUUCCCCACGCGCCAUCUUUUCCCUGUCGUCUUCUGCAAGCGUCCAGCCUGCCAGGCCCCACCACCGACCGUACAGCACCGAUAUCUCGGCCACUUCGACCGCCUCAACAUGGUCGUCUCUGUCCCAGAACUAUCCCUUGUCGUAGCUGCCUCUCAGCAAGGAAGAGCUAGUAUCUUCCGUCUUACUCGCUGUGGCGACGACUACGGCAUGAGGCUCGACACCGUUCUACCACGUGACCGCGAAAGCGUGCUGCGUCCUGGCGAAGAAAGGGAUGUGCCAAUCCGCCCGGCCGCGCCAUUAAUAGGUAUUACCGUUAGCCCCGUUCAAGGGCAGGGAGUGGAGACUGCUGGGGGAAGCGGGAGGAAGGAGCGGUCGAGGGGUGGUGGGUGGAGGGGAAUGGAGACGGGCAGACGAUGGAGACUUGUCAUGGUAUACAUUGAUGGCACAGUUUUGAGUUUCGAGUUGGGCAGGCAAGGUGAGUCGAAAGUGGGCGGUCUGCUGGGAAGGAAGGUUUGUAUGGUUUGAAAGCUUCGUAUUUGUCUGCUUGAGUUACCUACCUGGUACUUGCUUGUGUCGGAAGGGUGGUUUGGUUUGAUCGACAGCUUUGUAUCUGUCUGCUUGGGUGACUUGCUUGUGGCGGAAGGGUCACUGUAGGAAGGAUUGCAGGAGGGGCGAAUAGGAAAACUAUGUCCAGAUGUUCCAAAGGUUGGAUUUCACGAGAUGGGGAUUGAGUUCGUCAUGUUAUCAUCACUCCAGUGACUCCACUAGAGCCUCGUAGAGUACCGUAUUCUUUACCAAG